GCCAUCUCUUGCGUCCGAAAUACUUCGCGCACCUGCGCCUUUCAUCUCUACAAAGACUUAGUCAAAUAGCCUUCAUGUCAGCGCCGGCCGCGCCCUCUUCAACAGCAACUCUCACUCUCCCAUCGCCGACACCUCACGUCGCGCUCACCAUGCAGAACGGGCACUCCGCCAACAGUCACCUCCCCGGGAGCUCUGACAGGGCACAGAUCAUAAACGACGAGAAGCAGUUUACGACUGAACUCAACGCUCAGAUUGAGCAGUGGGGCCUCCGGGACGUGGGCUUCGGCUACAACAUUGUUUCGGUGUUCGGGUCACAGUCGACGGGGAAAAGUACGCUACUCAAUCGACUAUUCGGCACAAACUUCGACGUCAUGGACGAAACAAAGCGACAGCAGACUACGAAGGGUAUCUGGAUGUGUAAAGGCCAAGACAUGAACGUCAUGGUCAUGGAUGUGGAGGGCACAGACGGGCGGGAGCGAGGCGAAGACCAGGAUUUCGAGCGAAAAUCUGCUCUCUUCUCUUUGGCAUCUUCCGAAGUCCUUCUGGUUAACCUGUGGGAGCACCAGAUCGGUCUGUACCAGGGUGCCAACAUGGGCUUGCUGAAGACCGUCUUCGAAGUGAAUCUCGGCCUCUUCGGGAAGAAGACUCAGGACAGCUCCAACCAACGUACCCUCUUACUAUUUGUCAUCCGCGACCACAUCGGCACGACGCCGUUGGCCAAUCUGCAAGCUACGCUGACCGCCGACCUGCAGCGCAUCUGGGAAAGCCUGUCGAAACCUCCGGAGCUGCAGGAUGUCAAGCUCUCUGACUACUUUGACCUCUCGUUCUCCGCGUUGCCGCAUAAAAUUCUGGCGGCGGAUAAAUUCGAGGAGGAGGUCAAGGCGAUGAGACGGAGGUUUGUUGACAAGACGAAAGAAGACUACGUCUUCAAGUCCGCGUACCACAAGCGCAUCCCGGCAGACGGCGUCGCCUUCUACAUGGAGGGCAUCUGGGAACAAGUACAAACGAACAAGGAUCUGGAUCUGCCGACCCAGCAGGAGCUGCUGGCUCAAUUCCGCUGCGACGAAAUCUCCACCGGCGCGCUGGCCGAGUUCAACGAGCAGGCCAAGUCGCAGAAGCGGCCCGUCGAGGCGGGCAAAGUCAUUCAAGGCCUGGGCGAAAUGAUGCGCACCUGGCGCACCCAAGCCUUAUCGAGGUACGACCGUGACGCGUCGCGGUACCACCAAGGCGUCUACAAGCGCAAGCGCGCGGACCUCAUCGCGGCGCUCGACUCGACGCUCUCGCCGCUCUUCGUCGGGCAGCUGAAGAACCUGCACAAGGCGAGCCUCGUCGCGUUCAAGAAGGAGAUCCUGGACGGCAUGCGCGUCGAGGGGUACAGCUUCGCGGACGUCGUGGGCAAGGCGCGCGGGCGGUGCGAGGCGCGGUUCGUCGAGGGCGCGAAGGAGGCGGUCGUCUCGGAGGAGGAUGCGGCGUGGAACUGGGAGGAAGAGCUCGGGCUGCUGAGGGAGGAGGUCAGGAGCGUCGCGGACCAGCUCAGGAAGGACGAGACGAAGAAGAUGGUGAACACCAUCGAGCGCUCGUUCAAGAAGCAAAUCUCGGAGCCCGUCGACCUCAUCCUCAACAAGGCCGCCCCAGACAUGUGGGACAGCGUCCUGCGGACGUUCAGAGACACGCUCGACAAGGCCGAGGCCAGCUACCUCGCCAAGGCAAAGAGCUUCGACUGCACGGACGAGGAGAACGCGCUCGCGCUCGCGAGCCUCCGCAAGCGCGCGUGGCUCGCCCUGCGCGCCAAGGUCGACGAGCAGACGGCCGACAGCGUCAUCCUCGGGAAGCUGCGCGCGUACUUCGAAGAGCGCUUCCGGUACGACGAGGCCGGCGUCCCGCGCGUGUGGAAGCCGGAAGACGACAUCGACGGCGCGUUCAAGAAGGCGAAAGACCAGACCCUGGAGCUCGUCCCCCUCUAUUCCAAAAUCGCGCCGACGGACCCCGCGCUCGCGUACGAGCCGCCCGCGGAGGGCGAGAGCGGCGCGCCGGAAGAGGAGUUCGACUACGCGGCGUCGCUCGUCGUGUUCACGGAGAGCAAGGCGCUCGAGCUCGGCGCGCGCUUCCGGCGCGACGCGGACGCGUACUACGUCGAGGCGAAGCGCAGCACGGUGUCGAGCGUCGCGCAGAUCCCGUACUGGAUGUACGGCGUGCUCGUCGUGCUCGGCUGGAACGAGGCGAUGCUCGUGCUCUUCAACCCGUUCUACUUUGCGCUGACGCUCGUCAUGCUCGCCAGCGCAUGGAUCGCCAUCCAGCUCCGGCUCGUCGGGCCGCUGCUCCAGCUCACAGGAACGAUCGUGCACGAGGUCCGCCGCCAAGCAGAGACCCGCCUCCGCGAGCACUUCUCGGAGCCGAUACAGGCGCAGGCCCGCGCGGCGCUGAUCGCGCGCGACGGUGGCGACGACGGCGGCGACGGCGACGCCCGCGCGCCCGCGCCUCUCUGAGCCUGUGGAGUUCUUACGGAAGGAGGGUGCGCGAGUAGAUAGCGGGGGUCGGGUCGGGUCGGGUCGCGUUACGCCUUGCGCGUGCUUCCGUUCGUUGGUCCGUUCGUUGGUUGGUUGGUUCGUUCGUUCGUUUAGACGCGCUGGGCGGCUGGCGCCCAGCCGCCGUGUAUUUAUCUUGCCUGCGCGGCGCCCCCACACACUCACACACACACUCACACACUCGCACACUCGCACUCACGCAUACGCUCGUGCACACGGGGGCGCCUCGCGUGUAAUUAUCAUGGAUCGGACCGGAC